GAGUAUGUCAUAGACGUCGUGCGGCCGUUCUCUGGCGAGACAGAGAGGUCGAGUACCAGUAUGGAUGCAAGAGUGGAUGAUGACAAUCAGGGCUCUGUUGGCCGGCGAAUCUUUGCCCAGCUACCGGCCCAGCUUAGGCAUCGUAAGCGCCUUUAUCAGAUUAUCCCCGCCUUUGCAACAUUUGCCCUUGCCAUGAAACCGCGUUACCACAGCAACGGGAACAUCAUUGCCUGUCGAUGGAAUGUGAAGUGGCCGGAGAGCAUCACGACAGGCUCGGAAAGGCAGCAGGAAAACUCAAUCCUCAGCCGUUUCAGCCUAGUCUUCUAUGGUCAGUUGUCCGAGAGCUUCGUUAAGACAGCGCGGAGCAGUACUGCACCGAGAGACUUGCGCUUGACGGUUCUUUGCUUUGCUGGUUCUGAGAUGCAGACACUGCACCAUAUUUCUGCAUACCUGUCUGAGCCCGGAUCUCAAAACAGGUCUGAUGAGGACGACACUGUGAAGAGGAGUCCUUCUUUUAAUCAGAAGACUCUGCCGGACAAGGCGGGGCCAACCACGUCCGGGCCGAAGGCCCCACGCACCCAGAGAACAAACCGGCAAUGUCAGGCCAAUGGGCUGAUGUUGUGGUGA